GAUGGCGCUCAAUGUCAACAUGGCGACUUCCAUGGACCCUUCGAUGUCAUGGAAAAAGACGAUACAAAUGCGGGUAAGGAGAAGAAACGAAAGGGAAAGUCUUCCAUUCAAGUCUCUGAUCGAAACACAUAUCAAACUUUCCAACCAGAUUGAGGCAUCCCGCUCACAGAAUGUCCAGCUCCAGGUCCAGGUGGAGCGUCUCCAGCAGGAAAACACAGAGCUCCAGUCUAAAGGACUCUCAAGCCCUGGCCCGGUUGAGAACCUUGGAAAAGGCAGCGCAGCGUACCGCCAGCUAGAACAAAAGUGCUUCAAGUUAAACGAAGAACUCACCGAUGUGCACAGAAAGAAAGGGGAGAAUGCUCAGCAACUGAUAGACCUUACAGCUGUACUCAAAACAAAGGAAACAGAGUUACAGAAGAAUGAAGAAAGUUUGAAUGAAGCCCUUAUCAGAGUCGGUGCUUAUGAAGAUGAAAUUAGGAAUCUGGAAACAGCUGUUCUAGAACUUAGAAAAACAAAUGAGAACUUAAAAGAUGAACUACAGAACAUGACGUUACUCUGCACCAAGAACGAGGAGGCCCUCUACAAACUUCAAGCGGAGAACGCAGAACUCGUCACAAGGGUGAUGGACGAGAAGGGAAGGGAUGCAGACCGUCUCAACAGCACCAAUGCUAUCAUCCAGGAAGUACUGAAUGACAAGUUAAAGAAGGAAUUAGAGGAAGCUGCUUCAGAGAAGCCUACACCAAAAUCAGAACCAAGGAGCAGUGCUGCCGCUACUGCCCCGGAAAACAAAAUAUUUCGCAGAUCACCGAGUUGGAUGAUGAAAUUUGGGCCAGGUUCGAUGUCAGCAUCCACUCUUCCUAGGGGCCCCAUCUUGCCACCCCCUAUCUCCUAUGUCAUGAGUGUGCCGGACAAAAAUAUUGCCCAGUUUGAAGCACACGAUGGUGAGGUUCACACCGUCAAGUUCUGUCCUUCGGGGACAUUCUUUGCUACAGGCGGUGCCGACAGACAACUCAAACUGUGGGAAUUCUUAAAUAAUUCUUGUCAAAAUCGAGGUGUACUUCUCGGGAGCAACCUUGCGGUGACGUGUAUCGACUUUGAUGAUCAAGAGCAACUCAUUCUUGGGGCAGCCAACGACUGUGCCAUCAGGAUAUGGGGGACGCAUGAUCAUAGGUUACGGCAAACGUUAACGGGCCAUAGCAAUAAAGUUUUAGCUGCAAAAUUCCUCAGCGAUCCGAACAAGUUUGUUUCGGGAAGCCACGACAGGACGCUCAAGAUUUGGGAUCUCAAAAGUAGAGCAUGUACACGAACAAUGUUCGCAGGUUCCAUGUGCAACGAUCUAGUAACAAGUGAUGGUGCCGGCACCAAUAUUAUCAGCGGUCACGUGGACAAAAAAAUCAGGUUCUGGGAUGCGAGAUCAAAUGCAAGAACAAAAGAGAUCCAACUCAACGGUAAGGUGACCUCACUUGACCUUUCACCUGACCGGCAAUUCUUACUAUCCUGUACGAGAGAGGACACAUUAAAGAUUGUAGAUCUUCGCAUGUAUCAAGUUGUCACGUCCUGUAGUGCGGAAGGCUUCAAUGUGGGGUGUGACUACACCAGAGCGGCCUUCAGCCCUGACGGUGAGUAUGUGACGGCGGGCUCACAAGAUGGAUCAAUAUUCUACUGGAAGGCAAAGAACGGGGAGAUAGAGAAACAGAUCAAAGAUCACAAGGGACCAGUAAUAUGCGUUUCAUGGCAUCCGUCCGGCAGGCAACUCAUCAGCUGCGAUAGAGCCAAGAAUGUCAUACUCUGGGCCGACUUUUGAUAGGAACUAGACCUAGUCCAGGAACAAGACCUGGUCCAGUAUCUGGACUGACUUUUGGUAAGAACAAGACCUGGUCCAGGAUCUGGACUGUCUUUUGAUAGGAAGAGGACCUGAUCUAGGAUCUUGGCCACCUUUUGAUUGGAACAGGACCUGAUCCAGGAUCUGCACCGGCUUUUGAUAGGAUCAGGUCCAAGAUUUGGGCCGACUUUUGAUCGGAUCAAGACCUGGUCAAGGAUCUGUGUCAAGUCCAUUCAUCGGAAUGAUUUGUCUUUCAGGUGUAGCAAUAUCCAUUCACCAUCGCUUACGGAAGAGAAAUUUGACAAAGCUAGGACCCGUCCAAGACGCUUACACUCUGGUCCAACAUUCAGCGAGAGCAAAAAUAAGUCCAGCUCCUGUUCCAAGAUGCUGUACCAUUGGGCCAAAUUCAGAUUCUUAUGUAGCAAUUCAUUAUUCACUACAGACCUAAUUUAUACUGCUAUUUUGUGAUCUGAGUAUACUGUACAUGUAUGUCUGUAAUACUAAAUCAAGGCAAACUUCACAAGUCCCUGAAAAGAAAAGCAACUCCAUUAAUCAAACAAAACUUAAUUUUCAACAAAAUAAGAAGGGCACAGUAAGGACUUGCGUAUCAUCGUUAAUUUGUGUGUAAAAUAUAAAUUCUUUUUGCAAUGGUCCAUAAUGUCCUGCAUCUGUGUAUUCUAAUCAAGCUAAAUAUCAGGCUUACUGAUCAAGUGUGAUGAUGCCGUCUCUGAUCUAUUGUCAGUCCUCUUUAUUGCAAUGAGUUGGGUAUCAGAUGCCAUGUACCCCAAAUUUGUGACCAAAAAAAGUGAGAAUAUUUCCAAUCCUACAAUCUUGCAAAAAUUCUUUAAAAAGGCAACUUUCUUUCAGGGUAUAGCACUGGUUAGAAUUAGUUUUAACUUCGCCUCUCCAAACAGCCAAUAUUUAGGUCUAAACAAAAAUUGUUAUGUUGCCCUCAUCCAACUCAUAGUAAAAUGUGAAAAAACCAGGGUCAGCUUUUUUUUGUAUAUUUUUUUCAGCAGACCAAAAAUAAACAAACUUAAUGGUUUUUUAAAGAAAAAAUUGUAUUUGAGCAAAGAAUUUGUUCAACUUUGUAUUCAGUGGAUUAAAAAAGUACUUUGAUAUGCCUUUGGAAAUGUUUGACUGCAUAUAUAAAUCAUCGCAUGCAUGGAGUUCUUUGUGCAGUGCAGCAGCAAACAGGUAUUAGAGAAAUAAAAAAAAAAGGGAAAACCGACCGACCGACUCAACUUUGUAAUCUUGGGUCUACGAGGGUAACAUAUUUUUUAAGGCAUUAUUCUCCACAUUAGAUUAGAAGAGCUUUAGAAUUCUGCAGGUCAAUAUUGCUGCUGUAUGUGUUGUUUCAGAGGAAGGCACUUGUGACAAAAUGUGUGGCAGGGAGAAAAUUAUUGCUUCAGGCGAUUUCUCCCUGAAAUGCU